CAGCGGCCUGAGGGGCUUCCGUGCCACCCCUGCGCAGCCCUCUGGAGCCCCCAACCACUGAUUCCCCUUGCAGUCGCUGGUGCAGUCACGGAAGGCCGGCAUCACCUCGGCCAUGGCCACCCGGACGUCCCUCAAGGACGAGGAGCUGAAAUCCCACGUCUACAAGAAGACCCUCCAGGCCUUGAUCUACCCCAUCUCCUGCACCACCCCCCACAAGUUCGAGGUGUGGACCGCCACCACCCCCACCUACUGCUACGAGUGCGAGGGGCUCCUGUGGGGCAUCGCCCGCCAAGGGAUGCGCUGCACGGAGUGUGGGGUCAAGUGCCACGAGAAGUGCCAGGACCUGCUCAACGCGGACUGCCUGCAGAGUGAGUGGUGAGGGGGGCGGGGGGGGGCAGAGGACCGG